CCGUUGCCAUACAUUACCAGCUCAUCAAAAAAGAUUGAAAACACGACCUGCCAGCGGCCACAGAAGUAUGCCGACACGGAGAGACCCAAACGCCCUGCAGCCAGACUGUGGAGGAAACUUCGGUGCACUUUUAAUAAGGAACAACACGCUUUUUGAAACUUCAAACUGCAGACCUCUGAGUUUGGACGAUGAUCGUCUGGUUGAAUUUUUGUUCUGAAUGACAAAGCUGAACUUUCCCGAUCCUGCUCGCUGGCGGUGCGGUAGGAGAGGUGAUAUCACUGCGGACGUUGAGGUGGUUUCCUGUGAAUCAAACAGGGUGGUGACGCCACGUACGACGAUACAUCGGACAGUGAAACAUAAGCGUUUUGGUUGGCGAGCGAGGGGCUCGGCCGAGUCGUAAAGGCAAACACAAUGUGAAGCCAGCGAUGGUGAACUUGGUGGAAAGUUGGGAGAGACGACGCAUCAAAGGCAGCGUUUACAGAAAGUGAUGUUUUUUUGAGCACACUGCGGCAAGAAGAGUUGCAGUUUAACGUCGAAGUCGUUUCUCGCAUUCAAAGUGAACGAGAUCAUGUGCGAAGUGGCCAUGGAGGAGCAGGAGAGGGAGAUCUCGCACAUAGACCCUCAGGAGUGCCCCUCGGUGGCAGAGAACGGAGUCAUGCUGGUGGUCUGCCACAGCCGGGUCCAUCCUCCCUUCAGCGUCGUGCUGGCCACGGUGCUCUACUGCGCAGAGUUCGCCGCCGCCGCCGUGCUCUGCAGCAUGUACCACAAGACCCACGACGAAAUCUGGAUGGGCUUCACCAUCACCUUCAUGCUGCUGCCCGCUGUGCUCAUUCAGUUGGCGCUGACGUUCAUCCACAGAGACCUGGGUCGGGACCGGCCUCUGGUCCUGUUCCUGCACCUGCUGCUGCUCGGCCCUGUCAUCAGGUGUAUCGAGGCUCUGGUUGUCUAUUUCAAGGCGGGUAGAAGGGAGGAGCCUUACGUCACUAUCUCCAGGAAGUUCAGUCUGAAGAAGGGGCAGGGGAUGCCCAUGGAGUGGGAAAUCGGACAAACGGAGCGCACCUUGGCCACUCACAGAAACGCCUUCAAACGCACCGCAGUCAUCCAGGCCUUUCUGGGCUCCACGCCUCAACUGACGCUCCAGCUGUAUGCCACCAUCCAGGAGAAAUACUUCCUCCCUGCAAGAUGUGUUCUGAUGGCUAUCACACUGAUUUCCGUCGUAUAUGGGGCCCUCGUGUGCAACGUUCUAGCCAUCCAGAUCAGGUACGAUGACUACAAGGUGCGGUUGCGCCCUGCAGCCUACCUGUGCAUGAUUGUGUGGAGAGGGUUGGAGAUUGCCACCCGGAUCACCGCUCUGGUCCUCUUCAGCACGGCGCUCACACACUGGGUGAUCCUGGUCGGCAUGGCUAACCUGCUCUUCUUCUUCUUCCUCCCCUGGGCUGAGUUCUGGGCCAGGAAAGGCUCGCUGACUAAGGACUUGGAGAAAAACUUCUCUAAGCUGGGUACCAUAGUGGUGCUAUGCAUGUUCACGUUGCUCUACGCCUGCAUCAACAUCUUCUGCUGGUCGGCGGUGCAGCUGGACCUCUCCCAUCGAGAGCUUAUUGAGAGGAAGCAGCGCUGGGACCGCCUGGCUAUCUACUACUGCGCACGCUUUCUUGAGAACUUCCUCCUCAUUACACUCUGGUACUUCUUCAAGUCGGACUUCUACGAGUAUGUGUGCGCGCCGCUGUUGGCGGUCCAGCUUCUGAUCUGCUACAGCCUGGCCGUGCUGUUCAUGCUACUCUUCUACCAGUUCUGCCACCCUUGCAGACGCCUCUUCAAGUACAACGUCCAUGACUGCCUGCACUGCGUCUGCUGCCAUAAAGGAAGGAGGGCAGCGAGAGCUGGACAACAGAACCUGCCUCCCUCGUACUCUACUGCUGCCACUAUGUUGCUGGUGCAGGAGGAGCCAAUGGAGCAGCUGGACCCCCAAAACUCAGAACCCCCUGACCUUGCCACUCAGCUGGGAGAGCGGGAGACGGCUAUUAUUGAAGACAUGAUGGAGGCAGCCUGAGAAGGGCUUUAUGGGGAAUUAAAUGAAGUUCUCUAAUGUAUAAAUGAGACCUCCGGUCCUUGAACACAAAAUCCAGAAUGAGUUUGUGUUUUUUGGUUGGUGAGGUGAUGUGUUGGAGAACAAACGUUUCCCUUUUUCUCUUAAGUGCGCAAAACUUUACUGAUUCAUGCUUCUGUGAGGGUUUUCGGUUAACUCCUGAUGUUAUUAUCAGGGAUGGUUAUGCACACUUAGCGCACCACAAGGCUCCAGUAUACCAAAGAAUGUAGCAUUUUGAGAUAUGCAGCUAUGCACAAAGGCCGCCUUGAGAAAGCAGCAGUGGGUCAUUCACAGGACGGAGCCAGGUGUGCGGGAAACUUGCCAAGUGUGUUCUAAGUCCCCGAAAGACUGAGCGGUACACCUCCAGUUUACUUCCUCUCAGGGUUUUCACGUCGUGAACGCCCCCUUUUGCACUAAACAGACUUUUUUUUAUAUAAAGCAGAAGGGCAAGAAAAGAAGAAGAAUUUAUCUUUUGUCAUACCUAACUGCAUAAACCUGCUGUGAUGAAUGCCUUGUGUUCACUGUCCCAUCUGGAUGCCUUGAUUAAAAACAAACAGGUUUUAAUUCUGCAAAAGAAAUGUGAGGAAAUAUCUGAGAAGUUUGUGAAAAUAUUAAAUUGUUAAAUCCUUUUAGGGAACAUCAGGUGUGUGUCUUUUAAAAUUAACCUUAACGUUGAUGCAUUAACAAGACUGACAUCAUCUUUAUUGAAGUACCUUCACAGUUUGCUUAUUUUUUUUUUGUUGUUUUACUGUUUUACUUGAAGAAGAAAUAAAUGAAUAAAUACUCUGAUCACUACA